ACUGGGGCUAUUGAAAUGAGAAGAGUUAUGUAUAUAUUUUCUUAAUAACGCCAAACUAAAAGCUGAAACUGUCAAUUGAAAGAAACAUGUCACUCCUAGGUUUAUUAUGCUUAUGGUUUCCUUUGAGAAUGACAAAUCAGAUUUGAGAGUUUUCAGAAAAGCACCACAAUGGAUGCAUCAGACAAACAUCUUCGAAGCAUAUAAAAAUCAGAAAGAUUGGAUCUUUCUUUGUUUUGUUACUUCAUCUUCUUCGUCCAAUACGUAUUUAGAUUCAAGUUUCGAUUUUCUAAAAAUCAAAUUCGUUCGUCUCUCUUUCUUCCAAAUCUCUGCUUCUUUGAAAGUCUCAAUCUUUACUUAUGGGUUUCUGUUAGGAAAAGACCCUUUAUCGUAAACCUUGUCCGAUUGGAUUUUUGUUACCAAAAUAGAGAAGCUCUGGAUUCUUGUGUGAGGAGCUUUUAGAUGAAAGUGAUGGUAACGGAGAUGGAGGAAGGGGUUAAAGACAAUGGUGCAUCAACCCCUAAAUCGAGAGUCACAAACCAAUGUAGAGUUCUUUUGUCGAUGCGUCUGCUUCAGGUUUUGUUUUUGUUUCUUGUGUUGACUUUUGGGAUCUCAGUAGUUAGUAUACACAUGAUCAAGUUCUUGAAGAUUCAACAUUUGGAUCCUGUGGCUCCAACCACGUUGAUCUCUAUGUACGGUCGUGGGACUGUUACUUUAGAUAGCUUUAUUAGGCCUCCUUCCAAUGUUUGGCACACGAUGAAUGACAGUGAAUUGCUUUGGCGUGCUUCCAUGGAGCCACAGAGAAAUGGGUAUCCGUUUAAAAGGGUUCCUAAAUUGGCUUUCAUGUUUCUCAGCAAAGGUCCUUUACCAUUUGCUCCACUCUGGGAGAGGUUCUUUCAAGGAUAUGAGGGUCUUUACUCAAUCUAUGUUCAUGCUUUGCCUUAUUACAAAUCGGAUUUUUCGAGGUCUUCUGUGUUUUACAGAAGAUAUAUCCCUAGUCAGGCUGUGGCAUGGGGAGAGAUGAGUAUGGGGGACGCUGAAAGGAGGCUUUUGGCUAAUGCUUUGCUCGAUAUCUCUAAUGAAUGGUUCAUUCUGCUGUCUGAAUCAUGCAUUCCUCUUCAAUACCCCAUUCCAAUUCUGGUUAACAUGUUCUUUGCUUAUGGAAGAUAA